AGUCGCAGCCUACCAAUGGACAUUGGCUCGGGGCGGCGCGAAAACCGUCCGCGGCCAAUGAGUGACAACCAUGGGCGGGGCGGACAGAGCGGGAGCCGCAGGACCGAGUGUGCAGCCCGCAACGGACUCGACGGCGGUGCCAUGGAGCUCGGGGCGGGCGGCGCGGCUGGGCCCGGGCAGCGCGGUGGGGCAGAGCCGGGCCGCCAGCUCCUCCUGCUGCUGGGCGGGGGCGACGGUGGAGGGGCGGGUUGGGCGUGGCCCGCGGGGGGUGGCGGGGCGGGAGGGACUGGCACGGACACGGAGGCCGGCCCGGAGCCGGACUACGAGGCCCUCCCGCGGGGCUCCGCCGCCUCCACCCACAUGCUCGCAGGGGCUGUGGCGGGGGUGCUGGAGCACAGCCUCAUGUACCCGGUGGACUGUGUCAAGACAAGGAUGCAGAGCCUGCAACCGGAACCUGCUGCUCGCUACCGGAAUGUGCUGGAGGCCCUGUGGCGGAUCAUGCGGACUGAAGGGAUCUGGCGACCCAUGCGUGGAUUGAACAUCACAGCCACAGGGGCAGGCCCUGCUCAUGCCUUGUAUUUCGCCUGCUACGAAAAGUUGAAAAAGACACUUACCGACAUUAUCCAUGCUGGGGGCAAUAGUCACGUGGCCAACGGCGCAGCAGGCUGUGUGGCAACAUUGCUUCAUGAUGCAGCCAUGAACCCAGCAGAAGUGGUAAAGCAGAGAAUGCAGAUGUACAACUCUCCAUACCAGCGAGCAACAGACUGUGUACGUGCUGUAUGGUGCAAUGAAGGGGCAGGAGCUUUCUACCGAAGCUACACCACUCAGCUGACUAUGAACAUCCCCUUCCAGGCCAUCCACUUCAUGGCAUAUGAAUCUUUGCAGGAACACCUCAAUCCUCACAGACAGUACAACCCUAGUUCCCAUAUGGUGGCAGGGGCCUGUGCAGGGGCCAUUGCUGCUGCUGCCACCACCCCAUUGGACGUUUGCAAGACACUGCUGAAUACCCAGGAGGCCCUGGCACUGAAUACCAACAUCAGUGGGCACAUUACAGGCAUGGCUCAUGCAUUCAGGACGGUGUACCGCGUGGGUGGGCUGACUGCCUAUUUUCGAGGGGUACAAGCACGUGUCAUUUACCAGAUGCCCUCCACAGCCAUUGCCUGGUCUGUGUAUGAGUUCUUCAAAUACAUCCUUACCAAGCGAAAGGAGGAGCGAUUGGCCGGGAAGUGAAAUGUGACUCCACCCGCUGGAUUGGCUGGUGCCAGACUCAGAUGACAAGCAAGCCUUUGGAAUAACGAUGCCGCCUCUUGCCUGCUGCUGCAUUUUGCACAGCCCAUCAUCCUUCUCCCAAAUGGAUAGUAUACAAUGAGCAGCAGCUUGGCCUGCCCUUUUCUAGCCUGUCACCUAACAAGCAUCUCCCUUGCCCCAAAAGUUGUAUCCCUUAAAAGAGGUGGAGACUACCAUGAGCUACCGUGAGCACACUGGAACUUGGGGUGAUGACCUGCAUACCCUGAAUGGGUUGCUGUUACGACAACGUGGUGAUGGAGGCAGGGGAAGUGUUAGCUGAGCUGUUGUCUAGUAGCACACACACAAACCUCAUGCUCUCUGGGAAGGCUUUGAUUGUUGUGGCCCUUGGCACCUCCAAUAAAGUCUGCUUUAUCGUCA